UGGCGGCGGCGUGUCCGUGAGAGUAGCGUGGGGGCGGGGAGGAGAGGCGGCGGUAGCGUCCGAGCUACGCCACACAGGGCCGGGGUGCUGGGUGCUGAAGCGCAGAGCGGGGUCGUGGCGGCGGUGGUAAGAGGAGAGAGGCGGAGGGGGGGGGUGCCAUGGCAGGACAGCAGUUCCAGUACGAUGACAGCGGGAACACCUUCUUCUACUUCCUCACCUCCUUCGUGGGGCUCAUCGUGAUCCCGGCCACAUACUACCUCUGGCCCCGAGACCAGAAUGCCGAGCAAAUUCGAUUAAAGAAUAUCAGAAAAGUAUAUGGAAGAUGUAUGUGGUAUCGUUUACGGUUAUUAAAACCUCAGCCAAAUAUUAUUCCUACAGUAAAGAAAAUAGUUCUGCUUGCAGGAUGGGCAUUGUUCUUAUUCCUUGCAUACAAAGUUUCCAAAACAGACCGAGAAUAUCAAGAAUACAAUCCUUAUGAAGUAUUAAAUUUGGAUCCUGGGGCAACAGUAGCAGAGAUUAAGAAACAGUAUCGUUUGCUGUCACUUAAAUAUCAUCCAGAUAAAGGAGGUGAUGAAGUUAUGUUCAUGAGGAUAGCAAAAGCUUAUGCAGCUUUAACUGAUGAAGAGUCGCGGAAAAAUUGGGAAGAGUUUGGAAAUCCAGAUGGCCCUCAAGCCACAAGCUUUGGAAUUGCCUUGCCAGCUUGGAUUGUCGACCAGAAAAAUUCAAUUUUGGUUUUACUUGUAUAUGGAUUAGCAUUCAUGGUUAUCCUUCCAGUUGUUGUAGGCUCUUGGUGGUAUCGCUCAAUACGCUAUAGUGGAGACCAGAUCCUAAUACGCACAACACAGAUUUAUACAUAUUUUGUUUAUAAAACCCGAAAUAUGGAUAUGAAACGUCUUAUCAUGGUUUUGGCUGGAGCCUCUGAAUUUGAUCCUCAGUAUAAUAAAGAUGCCACAAGCAGACCAACAGAUAAUAUUUUAAUACCUCAGCUAAUCAGAGAAAUUGGCAGCAUUAAUUUAAAGAAGAAUGAACCUCCACUUACCUGCCCAUAUAGCCUGAAAGCCAGAGUUCUUUUACUGUCUCAUCUUGCUAGAAUGAAAAUUCCUGAGACCCUUGAAGAAGAUCAGCAAUUUAUGUUGAAAAAAUGCCCUGCCCUGCUUCAAGAAAUGGUUAAUGUUAUCUGCCAGCUAAUAAUAAUGGCUCGGAGCCGUGAAGAAAGGGAGUUUCGUGCUCCAACUUUGGCAUCCCUAGAAAACUGCAUGAAGCUUUCCCAGAUGGCUGUGCAGGGCCUUCAGCAGUUUAAGUCUCCCCUUCUACAGCUCCCUCACAUUGAAGAGGACAAUCUUAGGAGAGUUUCUAAUCAUAAAAAGAUCUUCCUCAGCUUACAGUGGGGUUACAUCCUCAUAAAGCCAUCGAUCUACAAAAUUAAGACUAUUCAGGAUUUGGUGAGUUUAAAAGAAUCAGAUCGUCACAAUCUACUGCACUUCCUCGAAGAUGAAAAAUAUGAAGAGGUUAUGGCUGUCCUUGGUAGUUUCCCAUAUGUGACUAUGGAUAUAAAAUCACAGGUAUUGGAUGAUGAAGACAGCAACAACAUCACAGUAGGAUCCCUAGUUACAGUGUUGGUUAAAUUGACAAGGCAAACAAUGGCAGAAGUAUUUGAAAAGGAGCAAUCUAUUUGUGCUGCAGAGGAACAGCCAGCAGAAGAUGGGCAGGGUGAUACUAAUAAGAACAGGACAAAAGGAGGAUGGCAACAGAAGAGCAAAGGACCCAAGAAAACUGCCAAAUCAAAAAAAAAGAAACCAUUAAAAAAAAAACCUACACCUGUGUCCUUACCACAGUCGAAGCAACAGAAACAAAAACAGGCAAAUGGAGUUGUUGGGAGUGAAGCUGCAGUAAAGGAAGAGGAAGAAGAAGUUUCUGACAAAGGCAGUGAUUCUGAAGAAGAAGAAACCAAUAGAGAAUCCCAAAGUGAAAAAGAUGAUGGUAGUGACAGAGACUCUGAUAGAGAGCAAGAUGAAAAACAGAACAAAGAUGAUGAAGCAGAGUGGCAAGAAUUACAACAAAGUAUACAGCGAAAGGAGAGAGCUCUCCUGGAGACCAAAUCAAAGAUAACACAUCCUGUUUAUAGUCUUUACUUUCCUGAGGAAAAACAAGAAUGGUGGUGGCUUUAUAUUGCAGAUAGGAAGGAACAGACGUUAAUAUCUAUGCCAUAUCAUGUGUGUACACUAAAAGAUACAGAAGAGGUAGAACUGAAGUUUCCUGCACCAGGCAAGCCUGGAAAUUAUCAGUAUACAGUGUUUCUGAGAUCAGACUCCUAUAUGGGUUUGGAUCAGAUUAAACCCUUGAAGUUGGAAGUUCAUGAGGCUAAACCUGUACCAGAAAAUCAUCCGCAGUGGGAUACAGCAAUAGAGGGGGAUGAAGACCAGGAGGACAGCGAGGGCUUUGAAGAUAGCUUUGAGGAGGAGGAAGAGGAGGAGGAAGAUGAUGACUAAGCCGUGCUCUGAAUGGACCACGUAUUUGCAACUCUUUGCUGUUUCGGAAGUGUAUAAUAAACCAGAAACAGUGCAGAACUGAU